AUGUGGAGGAGAGGGAAAAUACUGGGAAAGGGAGGUUCUGCAAUGGUGUAUCUGGCUGCAGUUGUUUCACCACCAAGAAGUAAUGAACUACUACCUUCUCUCAUGGCUGCCAAAUCUGCCCCUGUCAACAACUCCCAAUUGCUUUCCAUCGAAAGAGAGUUGUUCAGUCAGUUUGAAGGAUGUCCUCACAUUCUUCGCUGUUUUGGGGACGACGUUACGAUCGAAGACGGAGAGCAAUGGUACAACAUCUUGUUGGAGUAUGCCGCUGGUGGAAGUUUGGCUGAUCGCAUUCAGAGUUACGGCAGAGGACUACCCGAGACAGAGGUCAGACAAUACACAAACUCUGUACUUCUGGGUCUGAGUUACAUUCACAACAAGGGUUAUGUUCACUGUGAUAUCAAGCCUCAUAAUAUACUGCUUGUGGAUGAAAAGGAUGACUUGUCAAUCGAUUUGAAUGGAAAGAUGAAUAGGGUCCAAGAAAGAACUGCAAAGAUUGCUGACCUAGGGCUUGUAAAGAAGGCUGGAGAGAGGUUGACAGAAAAAGGAAGAAAGCUUGGAAUCAGAGGCACUGCACUGUAUAUGGCCCCGGAGUCCAUUCGCCAUGAAGAUUAUGAACCAGAAGCAGACAUAUGGGCAUUAGGGUGCACGAUUUUAGAGCUAUUGACUGGAAAAGAACCUUGGAAGUGCGACCGGAAUACAGAAAGAGUAACUAUCUUGUUUAAAAUAGCAAGUACACAAGAAAUACCUGAAAUUCCGAGUGGGUUCUCAGAAGAGGCCGAAGAUUUUCUGAAGAAGUGCUUGGUUAGGGAUCCGAAGUCACGGUGGACUGCCGAUAUGCUCCUAGGCCAUCCCUUUGUUUCGGCUGCAGAUGGUGUCUUCACCGGGAGUAUCAGAGAGGAAAGAAACAGAGUUGUUCAUCCAAAAACAGCAUAA